AUGGCCGAUGACUUCAGCGAGUCCCUCACUCCGCCAGUCUCUCCCUUUCGAGCAGACAGCCAGUGUGACCUCACCCCCACCCGACCACCGUGCUUCUGCUGCUCUGAAGUGAAAGACGACCCCGCGGGGGCUCUUUCCACUGAUGCGUACAUUGCACGAGGGUCUCUGAAACGGCUGCUACUGCGUCUUGAUCCAGCACCUGCAGAGUAUGAGACCGACACAGUGGAGAUUUUUGGCUUUCUGUGGGUAACAGAGACGGCGCUGGUGGAAUCCACAAAGUUACUCUUUGGUUUGUUCAGACAAAAUGUUUACAAGCUGGAGAACUUGGUGAAGUCCAACUCACAUGAUUUUGGACAAGCAGGUAGUCUGCAUUAUGAAGCAGAAGACCUUCGACAACAGUGCGUUUCGUUUCUUCAGUAUAUAAAAGUCUUCCUGCACAGAUAUCUGGAACCUUCGAGGUCCCUGGACGUGGCUCCCUCACAUCCUUAUGAGGAACUAGAGCAUCAGUUCCCCUCCGCUCUUCUGGAGGAAUUGUUUGGCAUCACUCUCCUCAUUGGACGACUCAAGGACCUGCCUGCCGGUGUUCAAAGUGCUUUCAGUAUACAAAACCAAGGAAAGAUUUUCCCUCCCUCCUGGCAUCUGCUACAUCUUCAUCUUGACAUCCACUGGUCGGUACUGGAGAUCCUGCAUGCUCUUGGUGAGAAGAUGCGAGGCCAGGUGGUGUACGCCCACCAGUUUGUAAACCUGACGGGUGAGAACCUGACUGAUACCAGUCUGUUUGAGGAACACUUGUGCAGUCUGCUGUGUGACCUUACUGGCCUGGCCAUGAGCAAGUACAGCAAGGUGAGGCCCACGGAGGCGCUGACCAGCAGCCAUUACCUUUGCCCCUGCACCAAAGAGCUCUGGCUCCUGCUCAUGCACCUGCUGGAACACAGGAACAAAAUACUGAGCACAGAGUCUUUCUGGAGUUACAUGACCUCACUAAUGAGACCACUGGUUUUAGAGAAACCAGCAGCAGGGCUCUUCGGUGGCCUCCCCACACACUGUAAAGACCCACUGGGUUUCACAUGGUGGUUGGUCACUCACUUAGCCAUGUUGGGCCAGUACGACAGCAGCGGCACAGUUCAGAGUGAGAAACAUCUGGGGGAAAACUGGGCCUUUGUAGAAGAGCUGCUCAAGUUAACGUGUAACCCCAAGGCUGGUCUGGCAGAGGAGCAGGUCAGGAUGCAAGUCCACUGUUGUCUCAGUCUGUAUCUGCUGUGGGAGCCCAGCACCGCUGCCGUCUCCACCCUCUGGGACUACUACAGCAAGAACCUGAACGCCUCCUUCAUUGUGCCCUGGUUGGGAGCGUCUGGCCUGGGCACCGUGUGCAAGUCGCCCAUGGUUCUGUUGGAUCAGGCGCGCAGCUGCUGCGCUCCUGCCCCCCUCCACUCUGCAGGUCACACCCAGCUCUAUCGCUCUGCCAACUCCUUCCACAUCUUCCUUCGAGUGCUGGCUCUGUGCCUGUCCCAGGACAGGGCCGGCGGAGUCUCCCAGAGACAAAUCAAAGGGAGGAUUUACUCAAAGUUCUCACCAAAGAAGAUGCAGGAGCUGUCGGAAGCAGGACUCGUGAACUUCCUGCUGCUGUUUCUGGUCGUGGCCCGGCAGGUGGAGCUCGAGGACGUGGCGAACAGAGCCUGCGAGCUGCUUGGCUUUCUGCCCGCUAACUGCCCCCCUGCGCAUCGCACGCUGGUCUGGAGAGGGCAGCUGUCACUGCUGCUGCUUUUCCAGGAGAGAGGUUUGGAUGUGGGUGCCCGGGCCAGCUGUGUGGCUUCUUCCUUCAGUGAGACAGCCAAGGAGUUCUACAAAAAAAGCACAGAGGUCUCGCGCAGACUUGCCCUCUGGGGGCCGCUCGGCUCCUACCUGGAAGGAGCCGCCGAGGUGUUUGAGACCAGCACGAGCCUGGACCUGUCGGAGGACAAGCUGCUGAGCGAAGGGUUUGAUUGGCUGCUGCCUGCGUGUCGCCAGUCAGAGCUGAACUCUGCUCUGGGCUUUCUGCACAUCGUCCUCGCACAGCUUAGACGGGUCCAUCAGCGCGGUGUCCAGUCAGCUCCCACUCUGGCCUGGGCUCCUGCCACAGCCAAUGUGAUAAAAGAGCGCCACCUGGCGGUGGCUGCUGCUCUGUGGGCGCACUUCUUCCCCUUCCUGCAAAGCCUGCGCCUCUCACACACUCCUCCAGCACAGCUGGCAGAUGCUGCUGCAGGUUUCACCUUCCUGGCCUUUGAUCUGCCCAGUUCUGCCCCCCAGGACCUUCAGCCCAACCCGGUCCAGUCCAUCAUGCAAUCGUUCGGCUGGGAUGACAUGGUUCACACGCUGCUUGUGACUCGCUACCUUCCUCAUGUGCUCCAGAACAGUGAGCUGGCGUCCUCUCUGUGCACUGGUUCUGAGUCCGGGUCGGCCCAGGGCCUUUCAGUGAGAGCCUGGUUCAGAUGUGUUCUGCAGCAACACCUCCACAAGAACCUAGAUGGAACUGACAGCAGAACGGGUCGGGCUGUGGAGGAGCAGCUGUGUGAACUGACCCGACUUGUGCUCAGGCUUCCAGAGGUGGACCGUCUUUUGCAAAGAGCCGGACUUAAUUCCACAACCCCCCAGCUGGAUCCCACUUCAGCCCUCAAGAUGUUUAUCAAGGCUGUAGGCCGCGUGUACAGUGAACUGCAGCUGCUGUCGGAACGAUCAGCCAUGGUGACCAGAGCCCUUCACUACAUCGGUGACAUCCUGAAGCACAUCAAACCGUAUGUGGUCAGCAAGAACCAGGAGGGACUCCAGCUGGCGUACUGGGCUGUGGGCUGCAUUGUUAAGCACUGGAGCCCCCUGCUGGCCACUACCAAAGCUCAACCGCUGCUGUUUCGGAUCGUGGAUGGGGUGCUGCUCCCACACCAUCUCCCACUGCAGGACAAAGCCCUGAGGGACAGCUUGCCCCUCUACCUACAGGGUCUGUCGGUGGCCUCGAGCGUGUCUCAGUCGCAGGGCGCGGGCCUCAAGCAGCAGCUCCGCUCUGUAGUCCGCAGACAUCUGGACCAUUUCCUUCCUGCCUCACCUUCUGUAGGCGUCGUCGCCAACCACCCGGUGCUUCUUGGUGCCUGCGAGGCCGUGCCAACCACACGAGGAGCUGCGCUCAGGACGACCAUACUGGAGGUGCUCUGCGAGAACUUCCUCAAGUUCAAAGGCCCUGCCCCUCCUCCUCGGCUCGCGUCAGUCCUCAUGUUCUUGUUGGAGCUCCUGAGAAGAAACCGAGACACGGAUGUUUCCCUCCUCACCCUGCCGCUCCCCUCCCUGCUGCACUGCUUGAUGCUGGUCAACGAGCCACAGGUGAGGAAGACGAGCACAGAUGCCGUGCAGCUCGUGGUGGAGCGAUGUGCUGCUGUCUCUACAGAGGGGCCCUGUGAGCAGAUGAUCAGCGUCUUACGAUCGUUCGUGGAGGAGAACGAGGGCGUCUACGACCGGCAGGUUUACGGCGUCCUGGAGACGGUGGCCGUCUUGGAUCCUGCCGUGGUUCAGGCUCUCGUUCCCAGCCUGUCUGCCAGUCUGAGGAACGCCGAACACAAAAGAGGACUGGGCAAGAACACCGCCCUGAGGAGUGCAUACGUGAAGCUGCUAAGUCUUCUUGGACAACGUGGGCAGGCUGAGAUCAUCAGUCUGGAGGGCAACUGA